CCAUGCCAGUAAACUGCUGUGUACCACUGUGCACACAGUUUGGCAGUUUUGACAAGUCCGGAAACAAAGUGUCAUAUCACAGGUUUCCGAGAGACGAGGACACAUACAAAAAGUGGAUUGCAGCGAUCAGGCGAGACGAAGGCCCACUUUUCAAAGUUUGCAAAGCCACCAAGGUCUGCUCGCUCCAUUUUCUUCAGACUGACUUCGUUGCCAAUGUUGCGAAUGGCUACAGACACCUGCACUCCUCUGCUGUACCCUCCGUGUUUCCAUUCAAGCAAGUAAAACCAUCAAGGAAACCACCGGCCCAGCGGGCACCGCUUCAUAAGGUUACUUCAAAACGAAAGCGUAAUGCUAGUGUCCAAGGACUUCCCUCUGGAAGAGAGGUAGAUUGUAACCAAGCUGAUAAAGAGAAUGCAGGAGAUGCGAGCAACAUAGAUGUAUUGAAUGUUGAAGAUGCAGGAACCACUUUGCCUUUGAACCAUGAGUCGCCAGAAGAAGCUCCUGUAAAUACUUGCACAUGCAGUGAAAGUAUUUCUGUGUUAGACAAUGAGCUGGCUGCGAGCAAAGCACGAGAAGCAGCGAUUCUGGCAGAUAAUCAAGCCUUGAAGCAGCGAAUAAAAUCCUUAGAAGAAACAGUUGCUUUCCUGGAAAACAAGCUCACUACAAGCAAUGCAACAAGAGAGACAAAUGAGCAUCUCAAGCAGCAAAUUAAAGAACAAAAUAAGGAAUUACAAUUAAUUCGUUCAGAGCUCAUUACUGCGCAAAAGACUAUAGAAAGACUGGAAGAAGUGCCUUCGUUUGGAGCUGAAAGAUUUAAAGAGAGUGACGAGGAUAUAGAAUUUUACACUGGACUUCCCACUUACCAACACUUUGUUGCCCUCAUGGACCUCCUUGAUUUUGGGGAGAAUGGGGAGAAUGUUGUACGCAAGACAAGGAGGAGUGACCUACAAAAUCAUGACAGUCGCGGUCGGCAACACAAGGUCAGCAUUGAAAAUCAGCUCUUCCUUGUGUUGGUAAAACUUAGAGUGGGCCUAUUUCACCGACACCUUGGCCAUUUGUUUAACAUCUCUGCAUCUACAGUGUCAAGAAUUUUUUCCACAAUACUUGAUUUCAUGUAUUUGCAGUUAACAGAAAUAACAACGUGGAUAUCGCGACGAGCUAUUGAUGCUGCCAUGCCGUCUGCGUUUAAGGAGAAGUAUCCAUCAACACGAGUCAUUUUGGACGCCACCGAAAUCAGGUGUGACGUGCCAACAUCUUUCGUGACACAGUCGCAGGUAUAUUCUAAUUACAAGUCUGCUCAUACGCUGAAAGGUCUUGUAGGCAUCUCCCCACAUGGUGUACUUACUUUUGUUUCUGAACUAUUCACUGGGUGCACAUCUGACAGAGAGUGUGUAGAGAGGAGUGGGUUUCUAAAGCUGAAGUUUGAUCCAGGUGACUCAGUGAUGGCUGACAAAGGAUUUAAAAUAAAAGACCUGUUGCAGGAGAAGCAAGUCAUGCUUAAUAUUCCACCGUUCCUAAUGCACGGACAAUUUACUCCUGAGGAAGUUGAGGAAACUCAAGAAAUAGCUGCAAUCAGAAUACACGUGGAGCGGAAAAUCAAGAAGAUUAAGGGGUACCACAUAUUUGACCGGUCGAUUCCUAUCUCCCUGGCACCCUUAGCGAAUCAGAUGUGGGCUGUGAGUGCCUUCCUGACAAAUUUCCAGCCACCACUUCUGAAAGAAGAUACAAGCUGAUGUUAUUCAUGGUGUUGCUUAAUGUACACUUUUUUUAUGUCAUGGGUGAGCUGUGCGUGAUUUUCAGCUGUUCUCUUUAAUGAAGUACAAACUGUUGCUUAAUAUGCACACUUUUCAUAUUGAUGUCUUCUUCCCCUUAGUGAAUAUUGUGUGAGCCGAGCUUGCCUUCCAGCCGUCCCUUUUAAACAAAGCACAAAUUGUUGCAUAAUGUACACUUUUUUUUUCCUCUGGAUGUCUUGCUCUGUUCACUUCGGUGUACCCUUAGUGAAUAUAGUGUGGUCCGAGCUUGCCUUUCAGCUGUUCCUUUUAAAUAAAGUACAAACUGUUGCAUAAUGUACUUUUUUUUCCCCUCUUGAUGUCGUGUUCUCUUCACUUCUGUGUACCCUUAGUGAAU